GGACCUGGUAGUUGGCGAUAUCUAAUUGGAUUAAAAUCUGUAGGGGUUACCGAAUACUGAGAGGGAUGAAAAACAGAACUCGGUGUCGCGUUGAGGAAGGGUUAAAGGGACAGCGUCGAUUCAGUGGGGAUUAAGAAACCAGCUGUAUUUACACGUCCAUAGAAGGUGGUGAUCCAUACAAGAUUAUCUUUUACAUCAUAGUUAUUGGAAAAAACUUGGUGAUUUUUGAAAUUGUUGCCAGAUGACUUGGUCAGUAGUCAGACAUUAUCUUUUUACUAUGACUGAUGACUGAGAAGACACAAUGAGUGUGAAGGCAUUUGAACUUGUUCCUGUGCUUGGGCAGGAUCUGCUGAUAGGAGACAAAACUUGGAUGUCCAUUGACUGCAUUGAAUGUUGUGGGAAGAAUCUUUAUGUAGGAACAAGUGACUGCUGUAUUUAUCACUUUCUAUUGGAAGAAAAAGCAUCCACCUCAGGGAGACUUGCGUUUACUCCAACAAAACAGCUACACAAAUAUCUGGGGCUAAAAAAAGCUGUGAAUGAGCUAAAGGCAGCGUCUGCUAUGAAUAGACUUAUGGUUCUAUGUGACAAUACUGUGGUUUUAUUGAAUAUGAUCAACCUGGAGCCUGUACAAUCAGGAGCUAAAAUCAGAGGAAUAACUGCAUUUGCUGUGAACGAGAACCCAGUGACUGGAGAUCCUUUCUGUGUUGAGGUUUGUGCCAUUUCAAUGAAGCGGAAAACUGUACAAAUAUAUGCAGUGCAUGAGGACCGUGUCCAGUUAAUAAAAGAAGUUUCCACACCGGAGCAGCCUGUUGCUAUAGCCGCAGAUGGGUACUUCCUUUGCUUGGCAAUGAGCACCCAAUAUAUUAUUUUGAGUUAUAACACAGGAACUUCACAGGACCUGUUUCCAUAUAAUAGUGAGGACAAAAGACCGAUUGUAAAGCGGAUUGGUCGAGAGGAAUUUCUGUUAGCUGGUCCAGGUGCAUUGGGAAUGUUUGUGACAGCCGCAGGAAUCUCCCAACGUGCACCUGUUCAAUGGUCAGAGAAUGUGAUUGGAGCAGCUGUAUGUUUUCCUUAUGUGGUAGCUCUGGAUGAGGAAUUUGUUACUGUGCACAGCAUGCUCGACCAGCAAAAGAAGCAGACUAUUCCAUUCCGAGAUGGCCGCAUACUACAAGACUUUGAAGGGAAACUGAUUUUAGCCACAAGUAAACAAGUACAUAUCCUGGUACCUUUGCCUUUGGAAAAGCAAAUUCAAGAUCUUCUGGCCAGCGAAAGAGUAGAAGAAGCACUUCUACUUCUAACAAAAGGAGCUCGACGGAACAUUCCAAAAGAGAAAUUCCAGGGUUUGCACAGAAGAAUUCUGCAGCAAGCAGGAUUUAUACAGUUUGGCCAGCUUCAAUUUUUAGAAGCUAAAGAACUCUUCAGGUCUGGCCAACUUGAUGUAAGAGAGUUGAUGUCUCUUUAUCCAUUACUGCUUCCUUCAACCUCUACGUUUAUACGGUCCCACCCCCCAUUACAUGAAUAUGCUGAUUUAAAUCAACUAAUGCAGGGUGACCAAGAGAAGAUUACAAAGUGCAAGCGCUUCCUUAUGAGCUACUUGAAUGAGAUUCGGAGCACUGAAGUAGCAAAUGGUUAUAAAGAAGAUAUAGAUACAGCUUUGCUGAAACUGUAUGCUGAAGCUAAUCAUGACAGUUUGCUGGAUUUGUUGGUUUCUGAAAAUUCAUGUCUCUUAGUGGACAGUAUUCCCUGGCUGGAAAAACACAAAAAGUAUUUUGCACUUGGCCUUCUUUACCAUCAUAAUGGUCAAAAUGAAGCAGCACUACAGUUGUGGGUGAAGAUAGUUGAUGGACAGCUCCAAGAUGCAACCCGUUCAGAUCUUUUUGAGUAUAUUGUGGAUUUUCUUAGUUUCUGCCCUAACCAUGAACUGGUGUGGAAGUAUGCAGACUGGGCCUUGCUGAAAAAUGAAGAGGUUGGCAUACAAAUUUUCACAAGGCGCCCUUUAGAUGAAAACCAGACAAGCUGUAUGAAUCCAGAUGACAUUGUCAACUACCUUCACAAGUACAAGAAAGCUGUUGUUGUAUACUUGGAACACUUGGUAUUUGAAAGAAAUGUUCAGAAGGAGAAGUACCACACUCAUUUGGCUGUAUUGUACCUGGACAAGGUUCUAGGAUUACACUCCCAGGCAGGGAACAUUUCAGAGGAACUAAUUUCAGCACGUCACAGUCUCAAGAACCUGCUUCAGCACUCUAAUCUCUAUAGAGUUCAUCUUUUGCUAGGCAAAAUUAAAGACACUGACCUUUACAUGGAAUGUGCAAUUUUACACGGAAAACUGGAAGAGCACGAGAAAGCUCUUGAAAUCCUGGUUCACAAGUUAAAGGAUUUCCAAGCAGCUGAGGACUACUGUUUGUGGAAUUCUCAUGGAAAGGAUCCUUCAUGCCGGCAGAGGCUCUUCCACAUGUUAUUAGCACUUUACCUGCACCCAGGUGUCACCAGUGAUGCAUUAGCAAUGGCUGGUGUGGACCUUCUAAAUAACCGUGCUGUUGAGUUUGAUGCAAUUCGCGUUUUACAGCUGGUCCCUGAAAAUUGGUCAAUACAACUACUUUCACCAUUCCUAACUAGAGCGAUGAGAGGGAGCUUCCAUUCCAAAUGCACAGCAGAACUUUCAUCAGGCUUGGCAAGAUCCGAAAACUUAAAUUAUAAAUAUGCAAAGGUAAAAUCAAGAGGAAACAUUAUUACACUUUCAGAUAAAAAAGUUUGCCAAGUAUGCCGGGACUUUUUCACUGAGCCAGUCUUUGUGCGAUACCCAGAUGGUGGUCUUGCUCACAUCCAGUGUGCUACAAAAGUCCACAGCCUGUCUGCCACUGAUCAGAACUUUGCCAGCCCUAGAAAUCAGCCAUGAAAUAUUGGCCACAACCAGGCAGUUGGUCAGUUUAAAAACUACCUUAUUGAAGAUCACAGUAAGGAAGAGGAACAUGCUGCUAAUCAAGAAGGAAGAAGAAAAAGAAACCAGUCUGCAUCUGCUAGAGAUUUCCAACAACUUGCAUUAUUUGAAACUGACUGCACUGAUUUACAAAGGAAAUGCAGCCAAGAAUUACUUAAACUUUUCAAAUUCCCCAAUACUAAAGGUGAUGCUAUUAGCAGUAAUAUGCAACAUGCAGAAAACACACUGAUCUUCUGAUGAUCUGGCCAUGUUUAACUUCACAGUAUGAUGACUUAGACUUCGGUUCUGUACUUCUUGAUGGUUUGGGAAUAUUGUUCUAUUUGAAUGUGCAAGUAUCAUACAUUAUCCCUUGAAUUUUGGCCUUCCGUUGGAUAUGUGCUGCUCCUGAAAGAACUCCAACUUUUUGACCAUUUGUAGAAUAACUGAUAGGGGUGAACUAUAGAUGUAUGUGUCACACUUGGGCCAGUAUGUAUAUAGCGGGAGGGUUGUGAGUCCAUUUACAGGCUAAUGGUAUGAUGUCCUAUUUGUAUCUAACUUAGUCCUGACCAGCUGUUUUACAUAAUGAAUUUGCAAGCAUUACACUUUCCUUCUUAUCCAUCUUCUAAUCUGAUUUUCCCACCAGUGAUGAUAUAUUGCAGGCUGUUGAUGAACAAUGGGUGGAGGAAGAGGGUGGAGAGAACAUAAAAAAACCCAUGAGAAUAAUGAUUGUCUGAUCUCCAAUAUGCUCAGCUUGUGAAUCUGUAUAUUCUGACAUAUGCAUGUAAUUUCUACAGAAUUUUAAAGGGAAAGGAUGGGGAGAAGCUGAUUGACUCGACUUUAGUUCACCUAAUUCUAUUCAGUUCAGAAAGAUAGCAUUUUGGCUACUUUGAGAAUGUUGAUUUAUCUAAAUGAUCUGGAGCAUUAUUUCAUGAAACAAAAUGUUUGCCUAUUAAGUCUAUAAAGAUGAGAAUAAAUAACCCCUUUGACCCUGUUAAUAACCAUCUGUUUAAUCUACAGCGAUAUAUUUAUCAAUGAUGCCAUUAAUUUAUUAGCAUAAUAACGUAACUCAAUUAACUUAUAACUGGCUGAGUUUUGUUUAAGUAAUCUUCCAUUUUGUAUUGAUUAUACUUCCAUAGUAAGUAAACAUUUAAUUUAUAAAUCUUGUUUAUAGAGAGCCUCCACCCUGGUCAGAUGUAUCUUUUUCAGGUGUUUCUGUAUCACCAAAUGCUGAAGGAUUUAUUAAGUAUUGGAUGAAAGAUUUGAUGCAGUUUAACUCCAUCCCUACUACACCUUUUAAAUGUUUGCAGUAAUGGAUAAGAGUGUUUUGAACAUAUUGAUUACUGAUAAUUAGAUCAAGAUUUGCACUUUCUUUACAGUGUUUCCUCCAUAUCCUUCCAAUUUUUUUGCAACUAAAUCUUCAUUAACACCUCCUAUCUCCAAUUACAUUUUGUUUGAUAUACAUUUCAAAAAUGUUAAUCAAUGAUAACUUCCAGUUCUGUUACAUCAUACUUUAGAAGGUGUAUUCUAAACUUAGUGAAAGAUUUUCUACUAAAAAGUGCAUAUUUUUUACAAUUUGUGAAUUGUACCAAUUUUAAAAGGGAAAACAUAAAAACUUUUGUUUCAAAUAGCAAACAACCAAGUUUAAAAUUUCAGUAAGUUUUAGACAAUGUAAUCAAAUGUGAAAAACUGAACCAAAGUGCAUGUUUACUAUUGAAUCACAGAUAUGCACUUAUUGUUUCUGUGGUUUUGUAGUGUGUGCGCAUAUGCAUUAGUGCUUGUAGCAGUAAUGUAUAUGUUGGACUAUGAUCUAAACUUUGUUUCCUCUGUGUGCUCACAUAAGCCUGGUGACAUCUAAGUGGAAACAUUUUAACCUUUGCAAAUUGCCUAAUGCGGUGAAGUAGUUUCUACUUUAAUUGUUGUAUUCAACUGCUCUGCUUCUAUUAAACUUUGCACUGUAAAUAUUUGGUGACACACUUAAUUGUAUAAAUGUACAGAUGGCAAUUUUAAUAAAUUCUUUCAUUGG